CGUGGUGCCCUCACCAUGCCUGAAGUAAACACAGAACAGCUGGAUGAGAAGCAGGUGCAGCUCCUGGCAGAGAUGUGCAUCCUUAUCGAUGAAAAUGAUAAGAAGAUUGGAGCGGAUACCAAGAAAAAUUGUCACUUGAAUGAAAACAUUGAUAAAGGUUUACUGCACCGGGCCUUCAGUGUUUUCCUAUUUAAUACAGAAAAUAAACUGUUGCUGCAGCAGAGGUCAAAUGCAAAAAUUACAUUUCCAGAUUGUUUUACCAACACUUGUUGCAGUCAUCCUCUAAGCCAUCCACUAGAACUGGAAGAAAAUAAUGCCAUCGGUGUUCGGAGAGCAGCACAGAGACGACUGAAAGCAGAGUUAGGAAUUCCCCUGGAGCAGGUAACUCCAGAAGAAAUCUCCUACUUGACACGAAUUCACUACAAGGCCAAGUCUGAUGGAAUCUGGGGAGAACACGAAAUAGACUAUAUCUUAUUUGUGCAGAAGGAUGUGACGCUGAAUCCUGACCCUAACGAGAUCCAAAGCUACUGCUACGUGACACAGAAAGAGCUAAAGCAGCUCUUGGACAAAGCUGCCAAGAACGAAGUUAAGAUUACUCCAUGGUUUAAGCUCAUAGCAGAGACCUUUCUUUUCAAGUGGUGGGAUAACUUGCAUAACCUGAGCAAAUUUGUUGAUCAUGAAAAAAUACACCGAAUGUAAAUGGCUGAGGUAGAAGGUGCUGAGGGCCAGCAGUGAUGUGCUGUCUCAUUAACACUGUGGUAAACCAGUGCAGAGAAUUGGUAGAUCUGGAGCAUGUUUAGUGUCUUUGUAGAGAUGGCUAUAGUUCAUGCAUUUUCUUCUGUAUUUGUUGUCCUCCUUCCCCUCACGCUUGUUCUCUUGGGC